AUGACUUCAAUUACAUCAAAAGAUGCCAAUUUUGCACUUAUUGGUAUACGAUUAGGUGCAAGUAAUAUAGUUAUUGCUUAUUUCAAAGAUGGUCGAAGUGAAACUAUUGUUAAUGAAUUAGGUGAUCGUGUUACACCAACAUUUAUUACAUUCAAUGAAGGAAAUGAUAUUUCUAUAGGACUUCCAUCAAAACAAAAUCUUGUGCGUAAUCAACAGAAUACAAUUAUAUGGUCAUCACAUUUUCUUGAAAAACAUGAUGAUAAUGAUGUUUUAAUAACAAAUUAUAAUAAAAAAUCUCCUAUAAGUGUUAUUGAACAUGAAAAUCGUAUAGAAUUUUCUUUAACAAUUGAUGGUAAAAUAAAAUUAAUUUCUCUUGAAACUAUUAUAAUCAAUCUAUUAAAUUAUGUUCGACAACUUGUUCAAGCUGUUACUAAUUCACGUGAAGUACAAGCUGUAUUAUCUGUACCUUAUAAAAUGAUUCAAACAAAUAAUCAAGAUUUAAUUCGAACUUGUAUGAAGAAAAGUGGUAUUGAACUUCAUUCAAUUAUAUCUGAUGCAUGUUCAGCUUGUUUGGCUUAUGAAUUAGAUAAAGAUAGUGGACAUGUUGCAAGUAAUGUUCUUGUUUAUCGUCUUGGUGGUUCAACAUAUGAAUGUUCAAUCAUACGAACUAUUGGUGGUUGUUUUCAAACAAUUGUAUCUGUAAAUGGAUUUGAAAAUAGUGGUGAUGUUUUUACAGAUCUUAUUAUAGAUAUUAUUGCUGAUGAAUUUCAAAAAAAAAAUAAAACUGAUCCAAGAUUAUCAUCAAGAUCAUUACUUAAACUUCGUGCUUGUGCUGAACAAGCUAAACAUAUUUUAUCAACAACAGCUGUUACUCAAUGUUCGAUUGAUGCAUUACAUGAUGGUAUUGAUCUUGAUUGUAAUAUAAGCAGACUUCGUUUUGAAGGUGCAGCAAAUUCUUUAAUUAAUAAUUGUUUAAUACCUAUUGAUGUUUUACUUGAUAAAACACAAUUACAAGCUGAUGAUAUUAAAUUAAUUGUCUUAUGUGGUGGUGGUACGAAAAUUCCUAAAUUACGUGAUUCUAUUCAAGAUAGAUUACCUAAUGCUGAUAUGCUUUCAUCAAUCAAUGGUGAUGAAGUUAUUGCACUUGGUGCAGCAAGACAAUGUUAUAUUGAAAAUAAAUAUGCUAAAGUUCAAUUAUCAACGGAUAGUAAACAUUAUGAACGUGUUGGUGUACGUUAUUUUCGUUCACAUUUAAUAAAAACCGAUGAUCAAACAGAUGAAAUAAGUGAUAGUGAUAUAGAUGAUAAUGAUGAUGAAAAAGAAAAUGAACAAGUUGAUGUUGAUUGGAAUAAACAUGAAUCUUAUUUACGUAAACUUGAUUUAAGUGAUUGGAAAAAUCAAGAUCAUUAUAAAGUCUUAGGUUUAUCAAAAUUACGUUAUAAAGCAACACAAAAACAAAUACGUAAUGCACAUAAAUUAAUGAUAUUACGUUAUCAUCCUGAUAAAUCAAAACGUAUUGAAAGUGAACGUUUUUCAUUAAUAACACAUGCAUUUGAACUUUUAUCAAAUCCAAUAUUAAGACGUUCAUAUGAUAGUAUUGAUCCUAAAUUUGAUGAUUCAAUACCAAAUCCAACAACAAUUGAUAAUUUUUAUGAAAUAUUUGGACCUGUUUUUGAACGUAAUGCACGUUGGUCUGUACAUCAACAUGUACCAUUAUUAGGAAAUGAUGAUACAUCAUUUGAACAAGUAAAUAAAUUUUAUCGAUUUUGGUAUGAUUUUGUUUCUUGGCGUGAAUAUUCAUAUUUAGAUGAAGAAGAUAAAUCUCAAGGACAAGAUCGUGA